GGGCUUGUGCCCUCUGCACACUCUGAUCGGCCUUUUAAGAGACCCUGCAGGUUUUCGAGGGGGCUUCGCCGGCUUCCACUGUCACCACUGAGUAAGGGACGGUUACAACGAGCGGCUGCGAAGGAGGUAGGAGCCCCCCCACCCCCCCCCCCCCCCACCCCUACCCCCCACGGGAGAGCGGGGGCGAGAAAAAGGCAUCAUGAGAUAGAAAGGAGGAGUGAUAUCCGAGUGGGACUCGCUGGACCCUGCAAACAGACAUGAAUAAUCGCUCCAUCGCCUGGUGGCUGAAGCAGAUCGGGCUGCCCCAGUACGUCAAGGCGCUGGAGGGAGAGUAUUACGGUCUGGAGGGCUUGCUGAGCGUAACCGACGGGGAGCUGAAGGAUUCGGGGGUGGAGGAUGCAACUCACAGAGAGAUCAUCCUCGAUCAACUUUCACGGCACCGGCAGAGGCUGGAGCCGCACUCUGGUGUGCAAGUGGAGCGGAGGGUCAGCCGGAAGUUCUCCCUGGGCUCGUCCACGGAUGUGGUGAGACCACUAACACCUCCAGUAACUCUAAACCCCCCCUCCUCCCCCCCCAAAUCGGCCCUGAAAGCACCGUUUGGGUCUCAACCGUUUACCUUGCAGGUGAAGCCGGGGAAGGACCUGUUCCGUCAGAGCCUGUUGCCCCGCCUCCAGCGCGCUGACAGGAAACAGCGCCUCUCCGCCUCCUGCUCGCAGCUCCGCCCCCUGAACGAGGACCUCGUCAUCAGCGAGGCGGAGCGCUGCCAGGAGAGGAAACGCGGCAAGAGGAGGAGCGUCAGCGCGUACCUCAGCCAGGUGUUCGGGGGUCGGAGGGACAUGGACUCGUUCAAGAAGGAGCUGGAGGAGGAGCUGAAGCUCAGCACCGACGACCCGAGGAGCCACGCGUGGUUCCACGGGCCGCUGAGCCGAGAGGCGGCCGAGUCUUUGUUCGAGAGGGACGGAGACUUCCUGGUGCGGGAGUCGAGCUCGUCGCCCGGCGACUACGUUCUGAGCUGUUUUUGGAGGGACGGGCCCAUGCACUUCAAGGUCAUACGAGUCAUCCUCCGUCCCAAAGAGGGAGGAGGAGGGGUGAUGAUGGUAAAUUGUCCACGGAGGGGUUCAUGUCCUGGUCGCGUCCAGGUGCCACAGGCCCGGCGGAAGGGUCACGUGGACCGACUGCGUGCGGAGGAGAAGUGGCAGAGCCGCGCCCGCCUCACGGAGACGUCCUUUGGCUUCCUGGAGGACCAGAAGAACAAAGAGUUGGCACAGCUGCGGCAGAAGGCGGCGGCGGGAGGCGAGGAUUGGCAUUUUCAAAAGCCACAAGUGGAGUCGGCCUCCUGCUUCCAGCUGAAUCGGUUCCACUCGAAGCUCCUGCCGGAGAACAACCGGCCCCUGGAGCCCGGCGUCCUGCUGGCACUCAAAGAGCUCUUCACCGCUCCGACGCGCGACGCCACCGCUCUGCACAUGCUGAGCGUCGACUGCCAGGUGGCGCGCAUCGUCGGGGUGACCGAGGAGCAGAAGGCGUCCAUGGGAGUCGGCUCGGGGCUGGAGCUCGUCACUCUGCCGCACGGAAGCCAGUUACGGAAGGAUUUGUUAGAAAGGCAUCAUCUACUGUCGCUGGGAGUUGCUGUGGACAUCCUGGGCUGCACAGGAACCGUGAGCCAAAGGGCCACCGUCCUACACAAAUUAAUCCUAUUGGCUCCCCUGAAAGAACACGCCCACAACCUGUACUCCUUCUCCGCUGUGAUGAAGGCUCUGGAUAUGCCCCAGAUAAUGCGGCUGGAGAUGACGUGGCGAGCGCUGAGAAGGAACCACACGGACACGGCCGUUUUGUUUGAGAAGAAGCUCAAACCCUUCAUGAACCUGCUGAACGACGGCAACGACGCCGCGGUCAGCGGACCCGUCGCCGUGCCGCACCGUCCCCUGCUGAUGGCGAUGGAGGGCGGCGACCCGGUGGAGGACAGCGAGCGGGGCUGCCAGCUCCUCUACGACGUCCUGCAGGCGGCCCGCAGGGCGGCGCUGCACGCGGCCGACCACCAGCAGCACGCCAGGGCGCUGCUCACAGGAAGCUGGGUUCCCGUCCCCGAGCUGCUGGAGGCCUUCCGGACGGAGUUCGCCCUGCGUCUGCUCUGGGGUCAGUCGGGGUCGCUGGCCGACAGAGGGGAGCGCUACGACAAGUUCGACAAGAUCCUCUCCGUGCUGUCGGAUAAGCUGGAGCCCGCGGAGAUCACGCCGCGGCAGCUCGACCCCGCGACCUGAGGGCCCCGCCCCCGCGCGGCCCCGUUUUUUUUUGUUUUUUUGAGUGGAGCACUGUGAAAAGAGCCGCGUCGGAUUCAGAAAAUCUGUUGACUUCUCCAAAUGUGCAAUGACGACGCUCAUCGACAUGGUCGCGUGACUCAAGCGGUUUGCACAUGAGCUUCUGCUGCCGUGGGCGACCGCGCUGGAAAUUUGUGUGUUUCUAAUGCAAUAAAUCUUUUUGGCCCGGAACUUUUCUGAAAAGAAAGAAAGACGAGAAUUUGUAUUUCUUUUGUUCACUUUAUGUCUCAAAACAAUACACGUAAAUACAUACAUUUUGUUUAAAAAAAAAAAAAAAAAAAAGAUCAUACAAUAA